GGCUUUCGGCGCUUAACUUAGUGGUGGAAGGAGGUCGGCUUGGUUGUCUUCCCCUGUUCUUUACCCCUGAUACGUUGGAUGGGAGCUCAAGAUAGUCCAUACACACCCCUCGAGAGUGACAACACCAACAGGGCCGCACACGGCACACCACAAUAAGUGACCUUUGGGGUCGGUGAGAAGCUCGCGAGAUAGAGGGUAAGGGGUACCGCCUUCAUGGUACUCCUGAUCCAGGAGGUCAAGUUCUCGCCCAAGUCACAGCUGCCUACUGCUACUGCAUGCCUAUACAUACUAGCUCCUAUUAGAAGGCGUUGAUAUACUACCUCGUGGACUCUUGCACUUCCCCCCUCUCUCUUCUUCACUUACCAGAUUUCGAGUCUGGUUCUUUGCUGCUUUGAUAUAAUUGCAGCUGCGAGUCCUCUCCAAAUCAUCGUGACAUCGGCAAACCAUCACAAUACACCAUAUCCUUGUAGCGGGGCCAUCCAUACUCGACUGGUGGAACACAGAGCAGACUUCAUCCUCAAAAGGUACGGCUCCAACAAGAAUUCUGAUCAGAUGGAAUGGAACCAGUGGGAUUUUAGUUUCCAGCUGCUACCUCAUCUCUCAUGCUCUGCUCCAGGCCAGCAAAGUGCCAGAGAGACUUCUCAAGCUCUGGAGUUUGCUCCCUCGAAAUGCAACACUGAAGGUAGAGAGAGGUACAAAGGGAAAAAAGCUGACUGGCACCUUCAUAUAGAAGACUUGUCCUCUUCCACCACAGCCACUGCACAUCUGAAAGAGGCCCAAGACCGCUCGCUCAGCUCCAGUCCCAGUCCCAGUCCCGGACUGUACAGUACUUCCAAAGCUGCGACAGGCAGACCAAACUUCCUCCUGACAGGGCCGAGCGCAGAACCAAAGACAACUGCAGUCCCCCUUCGCUCUUGAGCGUCAACACGAAACUUUGACGGUGCGGCAAAAUACUGACGAACUGGAAAUUGCACUUGUAAAUCCUAAUCUGGUCGUCUGAUAAAUUAACGACAAGCGACAAGAGAUUCGCGGAGUGAUAUUGCGGUGACAGUGACUGUGUCAAUUGCAAGGCUCCUAGUGGUGUAGGUAAAAAGACUGGAGCGAGAGCGUUUUGACUGACUCUCCGGAGCCCAGGUGCAUUGAAAGUUGCCGGGUGCUUUGACGCUAGGAAGCUCUGCAUCCAUCUCUCCCUCUGGUAACAAGAAACAACAAAGGAUCCUGCGUCCACUCCUGAUCGCACUUCGUCUUACAUACCUGCCCAAAACCAACGACAUUUUACCUGCCAUUGCAAGUGAUUUUCUGGCGGUCACUGCAUACUUUGGUGCUGUUCUGUUCCGACCAUCCCCCCAUUCCUCAACCCCGCAUUCGCAUUCGACCCUGAGCCGCUGCUCAAGAUAGCCUCACCAUGUCGAACCGCGCGCCCAAUCCCAGCACUGGGUCCAGAAAGAUUUCCUUUAACGUCUCAGAGCAAUACGAUAUCCAAGAUGUAGUCGGAGAAGGUGCUUAUGGAGUUGUCUGGUAAGUUCGCAGAGAAAUCUUUUCGAACGAUCCAUCGUCAAAGUCAAAGCCCACCCCUUGGUGUCCUCAUCCCCACCAAAGACAAUAGCCACAUUGCUAGAUAUAGUGUAAAGUGCGUUGCGGUCAUGGGUUACGAUAAUCGGAUAUGGCUUCUGCAUCGAUGGUCGGUUCGAUUGUAUUAAUUACGAGGGGCUAACAUGUUCUGCAGUUCUGCCCUUCACAAGCCCUCUGGACAAAAAGUCGCCAUUAAGAAGAUCACCCCCUUUGACCACUCCAUGUUCUGCCUUAGAACCCUCAGAGAAAUGAAGCUCCUUCGAUACUUCAACCACGAAAACAUCAUCUCCAUCCUUGACAUCCAAAAGCCUCGAAACUAUGAGACCUUUACCGAAGUCUACCUGAUUCAGGUGCGUGUAUAAUUCCACAUUUUUUCAGUGCUAUGGAUGAUUGUUGCUAAUAUCGAUUUACAGGAACUGAUGGAGACUGAUAUGCACCGAGUCAUUCGAACUCAGGACCUAUCCGAUGACCACUGCCAAUACUUCAUUUACCAAACCUUGCGUGCUCUCAAGGCAAUGCACUCGGCCAACGUGUUGCACCGAGAUCUCAAGCCCUCCAACUUGCUACUAAAUGCCAACUGUGACUUGAAGGUCUGCGAUUUUGGUCUGGCCCGUUCUGCUGCUUCUCAAGAGGAUAAUUCUGGAUUCAUGACUGAAUAUGUUGCUACUCGUUGGUACCGUGCGCCAGAAAUCAUGUUGACAUUUAAGGAAUAUACCAAGGCAAUUGACGUAUGGUCUGUUGGAUGCAUUUUGGCAGAAAUGUUGAGUGGCAAACCUCUGUUCCCUGGAAAGGAUUGUAAGCUAGUCUUAUUCUUUCGGAUGUAAUUUUCAGGCGCUAACUGAGAAACCAGAUCACCACCAACUUACCCUCAUCUUGGAUGUCCUUGGUACGCCAACAAUGGAGGACUACUAUGGUAUCAAGUCUCGUCGUGCGCGCGAGUACAUUCGAUCGCUGCCAUUCAAAAAGAAGGUCCCACUCCGAACCCUUUUCCCCAAGACCUCUGAUCUUGCUUUGGAUCUUCUGGAGAAACUCUUGGCUUUCAACCCCGUCAAGCGCAUCACAGUCGACGAAGCUCUUCAACACCCAUACCUUGAACCCUACCACGACCCCGAGGAUGAGCCAACUGCUCAGCCCAUCCCCGAGGAAUUUUUCGAUUUUGACAAAAACAAGGACAAUCUCAGCAAGGAACAGCUCAAAGAAUUGAUCUUUGCAGAGAUCAUGCGAUAAACGACUUUUCUGAUAAACCCACCCAAUCUUACUUUUUGUUAUUGCUGGUUUUAGAGGCAUUGAUUUAGAAAAUGCUUCGCAAUCUAGGAAAACUAUUGAUGAUGAUCUCUGAAACUCUUUUGCAAAUUUCAAGCCGUACUUGUCUCAGAGCCUUCCAAACUAUCUGGAUCAAGGAAGGGUUGGUCUACAAGUACAAAAUUUUCCAAAGCGUAUUCAAGAGGAGUUUUUCUUGUUGCAGACGAUGCGGUUUCUAUCGAAUGGUUUGUUUAUUUCCAUGCGCGUCGUUCGGAGGACUUCAAAUGAUCAUUACAGGACCUUUCUGGAAUUUGGGAACUUGAUUGUACGAAGGCAUGAUGAGACCAUGAUCAUUCCUUGCAAGCCUGGGUAUCGAAUUUUCUGUUCCUUCUAGUAUGUCCCGCUCGAAUUCUUCUUGGGACAAUCGGAUGGCAUCGAAAACUGAAUAGAUGGCCGUACUUUUGAAUGCUAAGAGGAUAAUUUAUUACAGACGGUGUU